UUCACUUUUACUGAAUGUGUGUCAUGUCACUUCUCAUCACCAACCGCUGAUAAUUCCACGCCUUCUUCUCAUAAACCUCACCAUUCCCACUUCUCAGAAUUUCAUGUGCUUCUUGUGUUCUCUAAUUCUCUCCAACGGCACAGCAGCGUCGUUGCGUUGCGGCAACCCUCUGUUGUUUGUCGAAGAAGGGGUGGAUUGGUCCACAAAGGGUCAUUUUAGAUUGGACGCAAGGUUUCAUUUAUGGAAUUGAGAAAACUUUUUGAGGAAAUAUAUUUACAUUGGAAGAUUUCGACAAUGGGGUCGAACUGUAGUUUGCUGACAUCCGAGAAGAUUGAAUAGAUUUAGUGUUUCAGUUGCUUCAUUGCAGGAUGCGCCAUUAGGCUCGUCGACAGAUAUUUGGCAUCAACAAAAUGGCAUCAGGUCUAAAUUCAGGAAUGUCCAAGAAGACAUUUAUUUUUGGUUUGAAACUGUGGGUAUUAAUAGGAAUAACAGUUGGUUUGUUCAUCGUGAUAAUUCUCGUGGUACUAGUAUGUCUUACUUCCCGUAAGAGAUCCAAAAGUGUCAAUGGCAAGGUUCCUUUUAGCCAUAUGUUAUCAUCAAUUUCAGAAGAGAUCAAAGAGAUUAGAGUUGAUCAAGUUUCAGCUAAUAACCAUUUGCAGAAUGGAACUUUUAUGAGUCUGAAUGACAAAUUUAGUGACAGGGAUUCUGAGAAGGUUUUGUUCCAAACAAAAAUUGGGGAUACCAGCAGUCAAUCAGGUUCAUUUAAUCAUAUGGAGAAAGAUGCUGCUGGUUCUCAAUCUGGCGAAGAAAGCAGUGCUAUGACCAUUUCUGCUUACCGGUCAUCAUUGCAUCCUAUGACUGCACCAUCACCAUUGUCUGGUCUGCCUGAAUUCUCUCACCUUGGCUGGGGGUACUGGUUUACAUUAAGGGAACUAGAACUUGCAACAAACAGGUUUUCAAGGGAAAAUGUUAUUGGUGAAGGUGGGUAUGGAGUUGUUUAUCGUGGUGAGCUAAUUAAUGGGAAUCCAGUGGCUGUUAAGAAGCUACUCAAUAAUUUAAGACAAGCUGAAAAGGAAUUUAGAGUGGAGGUUGAGGCUAUUGGUCACGUGCGCCAUAAAAACUUGGUUCGACUUCUGGGUUAUUGCAUUGAAGGGACUCACCGGUUGCUGGUUUAUGAAUAUGUUAACAAUGGAAAUUUAGAGCAAUGGCUUCAUGGAGCCAUGCGGCAAUAUGGUUAUCUAACUUGGGAUGCACGAAUGAAAGUGCUGCUGGGCACAGCUAAAGCGCUGGCUUACUUGCAUGAGGCAAUUGAACCUAAAGUGGUUCAUCGAGAUAUUAAGUCAAGCAAUAUUCUAAUUGAUGAUGACUUCAAUGCUAAAAUAUCUGACUUUGGGCUCGCUAAGUUGCUUGGCGCUGGGAAAAGUCAUAUUACAACUAGAGUAAUGGGUACUUUUGGAUAUGUGGCUCCGGAAUAUGCCAAUUCUGGCUUGCUAAAUGAGAAGAGUGAUAUCUAUAGCUUUGGGGUAUUGCUUCUGGAAGCAAUUACUGGUAGGGAUCCAGUGGAUUAUGGUCGACCAGCAGCUGAGGUAAAUUUAGUAGAUUGGCUCAAGUUGAUGGUAGGGAGUAGGCGUUCAGAAGAGGUAGUGGACCCCAACAUUGAGACUAGACCAUCAACAAGUGCCCUUAAACGAGCCCUUUUGACUGCUUUGAGGUGCGUUGAUCCCGAUGCUGAGAAAAGGCCAAAGAUGAGUCAAGUUGUUCGUAUGCUUGAAUCGGAGGAAUAUCCCAUACCAAGAAAGGAUCGCAGACGCCGAAGAAGUCAGGCAGGAAACUCGGGGGGGCAGGAGCAGAGGGAGGCUUCUGAUACAGAAAAGAGUGACAACUCGGAUUAUGGGUCCAACGGCAGAAUGAAGCAACAGAGCUAAAGGCAGGAUGAAGGGGUAAUUCUUGCAUUCUUGAGCUUCUACGAGUUGUAAUGCCAGCCACAUUUGAUAACAAAGAAAUCAGGAAUUAGUUGGUGUGUAGAUGGUUUGGAUACUCAUGUAUGUGUUAUAACGUAGCUGUAGUCUGUAGAUGUUAGGACGUAGGAUUUUGUGCAUGAAUUGAAUAUGACAUUAAACAAUUCUAUUGCACCAGUGGUGUGUACAGUCUCACGUGAUUUCAUUUGUUUUCAUUACAUAUUAGGAAGAUGAGACAGUUCAUGAAGCAAAAACGACCGACUAUGUGGUUACUGUCUUUACCGCAGUGAAGCGGUUUAUUGGGAGAAAUUUCUCCAGAAGUUUAGAAAGCCUGCCUUUAGUCUCACUUGGUAGCUUACGGACUCCUAGCAUUAAAUAGUUGGUAUUUCAACAUUUUUGGAAAGAUCCAUCAUGUAACUAACUUUUGGCUUGAGAAGUUUGAGUUGCCGUCUUAGGUCUCCUUAGCAUGUA